GCAGCAGUAGCACACUUCCGGUGGAUAAAGACAAAAACAGAGAAGCAGCCCAGCGGUGAGAAGAGGACAGUCAGUCGACGAAGUGAGGGACUUUGUUUCAGAAAGGUGGCCAGCUAUCGUUGAAGAAGAGACCCAGACGAAGAGCGAGGACACCUGCAGAGGACAGACACACGGUGACACCGAGCCAUGGUGAAGAUCACUUUCCACUCUGUCGCGGGACAGAAAGUGGAGAAGGAGAAUGAUGGCGACAAGACCGAAAUUCUCAUUCCUCAUCCGAUGGAUGAAGAUGAGCUGGUCCUGCCGCUGCGGCCCAAAAAGUCUCCCCUCAAUGGCCUGUGCUGCCUGACGUUUGGCCUGGUUGUGUUUAUGGCUGGUCUGGUCCUUGCCUCCAUUUAUGUCUACCGCUACUACUUUAUACCUCAUAUCCCAGAGGAGAACCUGUUCCACUGCAGGGUGCUUUAUGAAGACUCUGUGUAUGCCCCGCUGCGUGGGCGUCAGGAGCUGGAGGAAAAUGUCGGCAUCUACUUGGCCGACAACUAUGAGAAGAUCACUGUGCCCGUGCCUCACUUUGGAGGCAGCGACCCCGCUGAUAUAAUCCAUGACUUCCACAGAGGACUGACUGCCUACCAUGACAUUGCUCUGGACAAGUGCUACGUUAUUGAGCUCAACACCACCAUUGUGAUGCCUCCACGCAACCUUUGGGAGCUCCUUAUCAAUGUGAAGAAGGGAACAUACUUGCCUCAGACCUACAUCAUCCAUGAAGAGAUGGUGGUUACUGGCAAAGUGCACAACAUGCGUCAGCUGGGACCCUUCAUCUACCGCCUGUGCAAUGGGAAGGACACGUACCGUCUGAACCGCCGUGUCACCCGCAGACGCAUCAACAAGCGCGAGGCGAAGGACUGCCACCACAUCCGUCACUUUGAGAAUACAUUUGUGGUGGAGACUGUUAUCUGCGAUGAAGCGUGAACACGACGGUCAUCCGUGUCAUCCCACCCACCCAAAGGCAUAUCUACAGUCACCACCCCAGCCACUGUAGCAUCCUCCUGUGGAACUGAUGUUUGAGUUGCACUUUACUUGUGAUUUUGGUUUGAUAUUGUAAAAGAUUUCUUUUUUUCCUACCAACCUAUUUUUUUUGUUGUUUUUUGUUGUCUAUUUUCCAUAGGUAAUAAUUACACUGAGGUGUAACGCAAUACUAAACUGUUGGUUCUUUCACAGGAUUUUCCUUGUAGCAAAGUCCUUUAGCCCAUAAUGAAUUAUAAUUUCAAGACCCCUCAUCUUCCUCUUGGGAUUUGUAUGAUGGUUACCGUCGUUGGGGGAGAUGACUGUCUCCAUGUGUCGUCAAGGAGACUGUACUUUUGUUUUUUUUCUCCUGCCCUGGAGGUUACUUUGUGUCUUCUUAGUUCUACUAACACAAUCAUCGGUGCAAAGCAUGAAGCCUUGCUUCUCUAAACAAUCAUUAUCCAUAGACAAUAAUUCAAUAGUUAUCUUUUUAUUCCCAUGUUCUCUGUAAUGUAAACAUGUAACUGCUGAUGACUAGUUGCUUACUUGCAUAUUUAUCCUCUUGCCUGCCUGUUGCUUCUUUGCUCCCCUUUCUGCUUUUAAUUUCCUAGAAGUUCAAGAAGGUUGCAUUGGACAUUAGUCUGCUUUCACUUUUUUUCAUAAAGUUUUUUUUAUAAUAUUUCAUCAUAUUUGAAACUGGUGAUGACCCAUAUAUAUUUUGGAUGCUCUCAUUUGUCAUCAACUUUUCUAUUUUCUUGUCAUGUUUUUUGUGUGUGCUUUCUUCAUCAAUGCCUUUGUGAAUGAUUUUAAAAUAAUGUCUUUUGUCUUCCCUUGCAUGUGUUCAUCUAUGUGCAAAACAGCACUGUUAGAAUGUUUUGUAAAACAACGUUUAAAGCCUUAGUCCAGAGUCAGAGACUGGAUUAAAGUCAAUACUACUGAAAGGGAGCAUAUUAUGUUAGUCAAACAAAACCAACUUUGAUCUGUAUAUUUUGUCUGCUGAUGAAAUCAUGAAAUCUGUCUGUUAAUAAAGUAGUGGAAAUUAUAA